UCAAAAGUAUCUCUGACAUCAGGCCCCGCUCCUUGGCCACCCGGCGUGGGCGGUGCCACCCCUCCCCAGUGCCGCCCCGCAUGCAGCUCACAGGCUCCUUCAGACUUCGAUUGUGGCUGGAGCUGGAGUGGCGCAGGGCCUGAGACACUGCAGACCUGAGACCCCAUAGCAGCUCGGAGGCGGUGAAUAAAGUAGCCUCCAAUAAAACUAUAUGGCAAAAAAUGGGAAAGAAACAGAUGGAAAGAAUGAAAAACUUGAAGUGGCAGAGCCUGUAUAACUUGUGAUGGAAAAAGUACUAGAUCUAGAUCAACGUGUAGUGAAUGGGAAAGUGGAAUAUUUUCUGAAGUGGAAGGUAUUUACAGAUGCUGACAAUACUUGGGAACCUGAAGAAAAUUUACAUUGUGUAGAGUUGAUUGAAGCCUUUCUUAAUUCUCAAAAAGCUGGCAAAGAAGAUGGUACAAAAAGAAAAUCUUUAUCUGACAGUGAAUCUGAUGACAGCAAAUCAAAGAAGAAAAGAAACACUGCUGACAAACCAAGAGGAUUUGCCAGAGGUCCUGAUCCUGAAAGAAUAAUUGGUGCCACAGACGGCAGUGGGGAAUUGAUGUUUCUCAUGAAAUGGAAAGAUUCAGAUGAGGCAGACUCAGUGCUGGCCUCAAAAGAGGCGAAUAUGAAAUGUCCUCAAAUUGUAGCUGCUUUUUAUGAAGAGAGACUAACUUGACAAGCUUGUCCAGAAGAUGAAGCUCAAUAA